AUGGCUACAGCACAAACAUCUCUAGAUGAAUUCUUCGAACAACACAAUACUUUAAGUAAUAUAAAACCGUUUGUCUCCGAACUUAAAAAAGAAUUAAAAAUGAUGCAAAGUAAACUUGACUGGUUUACACAUUAUGUUGAACAAAUUGAUCGUGUUCAUGAUACAAUAGUAGAGGUGAAAAUACAACAGGAAGAAAUGCAGCAUAAUCUUAUUAACGACCAACAGGAAUGGAGUGAAAUUCAAGCAAAAUUAGCUCAGACAUCAGGAAAAGGAAAAGUAACAUUGAACGUCGGUGGUGAAAUAUUCCAAACAACUAUUGAAACAUUGACUGUUGAAAAACCAUCAUUUUUUACUGCAUUAUUUUCACGACAAUGGCAUGUGGAAAAAGAUGAAGAAGGAAGUUUAUUCAUUGAUCGUGAUGGUUGGCUGUUUGGUCAUAUCUUAAAAUAUUUUCGAACUGGUGAAAUUGACAUACAAAACGACGAUCCUGUGUUACGUAAGGAUUUAAUGAUUGAAGCUCGAUACUAUCAUUUAGAAAGAUUUGCGGAACUACUAGCUGCAGUACCACCCGUAAUUGAAACUAAACGUAAUUUUAUUAACAGUACAAUACUAAGCUCUGACUACGAGCUGAAAUUAAAUGAAUUCUACGGUAACCAAAAUCAACAAUGGCGAUUAAUCUAUAAAGCAAGUAGGGAUGGUUAUGCAACAGCUAAUUUUCAUGAUGUUUGUGACGGCGUUAAACCAACAAUGAUCAUUGUUCUAUCGAAAAAUAUGUGUAGUUUUGGUGGAUUUACUCAAAUUGCAUGGACUAAACAGAAAAAAGAUAACACAGAUUCGAACGGCAUUUCUGUUUACAUUGAAAAAUCCACAUAA